AUGCCAGAACCAGUAGGAGUUGCCAAUUUGCCAAAUCAAAGGUACAAGAUUGUUUCCAAAGAUGGGGCAACAUUCACCAUCAUGGUGGCGGGUGAAAGUGGUUUAGGGAAAACCACAUUUAUCAACACCUUAUUCCAAACUUCAUUGAAACCACACCAAGAUCCUCGCAAUAGACACAACAAAUUCACUUCAUCACAUCAAACCGUGGAGAUUGAUAUAGUUAGAGCAAUUUUAGAGGAGAAAAACUUUAAAAUUAGAUUGAAUAUAAUUGAUACACCAGGGUUUGGAAACAAUGUAAAUAACAAUGAUUCGUGGGUCCCUAUUAUCGAUUUUAUUGACGAUCAACACGAAUCAUUCAUGAGGCAAGAACAACAACCUUCAAGACUCGCUAAAAAGGACUUGCGAGUACAUGCUUGUCUUUACUUUAUUAGACCAACUGGCCAUCUGUUGAAACCAUUGGAUAUUGAAGUCAUGAAGCGAUUGUCCACUAGAGUUAACUUAAUCCCAGUCAUUGCCAAAGCUGACACAUUAUCACCUCAAGAAAUGGAUACUUUCAAGAAUAGAAUAAGAGAAAUCAUUGAGGUUCAGGAUAUAAACAUCUACACACCUCCUUUGGAAUUAGACGACCCUGCUAGUGCGGAGCAUGCCAAACAGUUGAUUGAAGCGAUGCCAUUCUCCAUUAUUGGUUCGGAAGAGGAUGUUGAAAUUGCCCCUGGUCAAUUCGCAAGAGGUAGAAAAUACCCCUGGGGUGUAGUUGAAAUUGAAAAUGAUCAACAUUGUGAUUUCAAGAAGUUAAGGAGUUUAUUGUUGAGAACAAAUAUGUUGGAUUUGAUUUUGUCGACAAAUGAGCUACACUAUGAAACCUUCCGUGCAAUUAAAUUGGGUGGCGACGAAGGAGAAAAUAAUGGAUUGAAUGGUGGCGGUGAAGACGGAUCAACUGAAGAAUUGAUCAAUGAAAAGGGCGAAGUCAUCAAGAAACCCUCAAUCAAGAAACCAAGAAGGGUGUACAAUCCAAAGUUUAAAGAAGAAGAGGAUGCAUUAAAGAAAUUCUUUACUGAGCAGGUCAAGGCUGAAGAACAAAGAUUUAGGCAAUGGGAGACCAAUAUCAUCAAUGAGAGAAACAGGUUGAACCAAGACUUGGAGGAAAUGCAAUCAAAAUUGAAGAGUUUGGAAGAACAGGUUAAGAAAUUGCAAAUUAACAAGCGUUGA